AGCAGCGUGGAUCCUACGUGGAAUUCCAUUUUGCCGUUGGAUAAUCUGCUGGGCAAUCAACAAGACAGGAAGAGAAAGCUCAGAAGAAACAGAGAUAGAAAAGUGACGAUGUCAAAUUCGUGUUAUUGUAGAAUUAAUCCCCGUUUCGUCACUAUAAAUACCAACAAAUUUACCCUUUUACCUACAAUCCAAUCAUCGGUUGCUUUUAAAACACAGCGCUCUGUUUCUGUUUGCAGGUACUCUUCCAAAAAAGCAUUUUCUAUAUCGGCGUUUAAGAAAAGCAAUCUAGUAACGCCUCCCGAAGAGGACGAAAUGACGAUCAAACCGGCUGUUCGGAUCUCGGACCGGAAACUAAUUGUCAAGGAUCGUACUAUUCUCAGCGGUGUACCGGAAAAUGUGAUAACAUCUUCCGGUUCGUCCUCCGGUCCAGUUGAGGGGAUUUUUCUAGGAGCGGUUUUUGACGAAGAAAAAAGCCGGCAUGUGUUACCUUUAGGCACUUUACGUGAAGUCCGGUUCAUGGCCUGUUUCCGGUUCAAGCUUUACUGGAUGGCCCAAAAAAUGGGAGAUCAUGGGAAAGAUAUUCCUCUAGAGACGCAGUUUUUACUGGUCGAGACUAAAGAUGGGUCCCAGCUUGAAUCGGACGAUGGAAAUGAAGAAAAUCAGAUUGUUUACACAGUUUUCCUUCCUUUGAUUGAAGGAUCUUUUAGAGCUUGUUUACAAGGGAACGACAACGAUGAGCUCGAGCUUUGUUUAGAAAGCGGUGACGUUGAGACUAAAAUGUCGUCGUUUACCCACUCUUUAUUCAUUCACGCUGGUACAGAUCCUUUUGGCACGAUUACGGAAGCUGUAAGAGCCGUUAAGUUACAUUUGAAAACGUUCCGUCAACGGCAUGAGAAAAAAUUGCCUGGAAUCGUUGAUUAUUUCGGUUGGUGCACCUGGGAUGCGUUUUACCAGGAAGUGACUCAAGAAGGAGUCGAGUCGGGGCUAAAGAGCUUAGCUGCUGGUGGAACUCCUCCAAAAUUUGUUAUCAUAGACGACGGUUGGCAGUCAGUUGGUGGGGAUCCACAGGAAGAAACGAAAGAUCAAAAUGACAGCAAUCAGCAGCCGUUACUUAGGUUGACCGGGAUCAAAGAAAAUUCAAAAUUCCAAAAUAAAGAUGAUCCAACGGUGGGCAUAAAGAACAUAGUAAAUGUAGCGAAAGAGAAAUACGGAUUGAAAUACGUAUAUGUAUGGCACGCGAUUACUGGAUACUGGGGUGGGGUCCGACCCGGAGUAAAGGAAAUGGAGGAGUACGGGUCGUUGAUGAAGUAUCCGGAGGUGUCAAAAGCGGUGGCGGAGAAUGACCCGACGUGGAAGACUGAAAUAAUGGCAUUGCAGGGAUUGGGAUUGAUGGAUCCUAAAAGUGUAUAUAAAUUUUAUAAUGAGUUGCAUAGUUAUCUGGCUUCUGCGGGUAUAGAUGGGGUUAAGGUGGACGUGCAGUGCAUAUUGGAGACGCUUGGUGGUGGAUUAGGAGGAAGGGUGGAGUUAACUAGACAGUAUCAUCAAGCUCUUGAUGCUUCUGUAGCUAGAAAUUUCCCUGAUAAUGGGUGCAUUGCUUGCAUGAGCCAUAACACUGAUGCAUUAUACUGCUCGAAACAGACAGCGGUGGUGAGAGCAUCAGAUGAUUUCUUUCCAAGGGAUCCAGUGUCACACACCAUUCAUAUAGCAGCAGUGUCAUACAACAGUGUGUUUCUAGGAGAAUUUAUGCUUCCUGAUUGGGAUAUGUUUCAUUCUGUUCACCCAGCUGCUGAAUAUCAUGCUUCUGCUAGAGCCAUCAGUGGCGGUCCUGUCUAUGUUAGUGAUGAGCCUGGGAAGCAUGAUUUUAAUGUACUAAAGAAGCUGGUGCUGCCGGACGGAUCUAUUCUUAGAGCCCGCUUGCCUGGGCGACCUACUCGUGACUGUUUGUUCACUGAUCCCUCUCGUGAUGGAAUUAGCUUGUUGAAGAUAUGGAACAUGAACAAAUACACAGGAGUUUUAGGAGUCUACAAUUGCCAAGGAGCAGCCUGGAACACUGUUGAAAGAAAGAACACAUUCCAUGAAACCAAAUCUGAUGCCUUAACAGGAGCCAUUAAAGGACGUGAUGUCCAUCUCAUAUCAGAAGCAGCCACAGAUUCUAACUGGAAUGGUGACUGUGCUAUCUACUGCCACCGCACCGGUGAAGUCACCAUUCUUCCGUACAAUGCAGCAUUGCCGGUGUCACUCAAAGUCUUGGAGCACCAUAUCUUUACUCUCACACCCAUCAAGGUUUUAGCACCUGGGUUUAGCUUCGCACCCUUUGGACUAAUUGCCAUGUACAAUGCUGGUGGAGCCAUUGAAGAGUUGAAGUAUGAAGUACUGAAAGGAGAUUGCGGUGGUGAAUUAGUGGGGAAAGUUUUUACGGAGGUUAAAGGUUAUGGGAAGUUUGGUGCUUAUUCAUCUACUAAACCAAGAAGGUGCAUUGUGGAUUCAAAUGUGGUUGAUUUUGUGUACGACUUGCCUACUGGAUUGGUUACUUUUAAUUUGGAUAGUUUACCUGAGGAGGGUAAACUUCAUGUUGUUGAGAUUGAGUUGUAGAUUAAUAUUAGAAAAGGGCUUGAUUUAUGGUUAUGGUAGGAUACCAUUGGAUGUGGGUAUUUACCUAUUAGGUGUAAUGAAGGGGAAAAAUUAGUUGUGUAAUGCAUCAUUAGAAUGGAAGAAUUCAAUAAAAUCUAAUCAACACAGAUACUGUCAAUAUUAUCAUCAA